AUGCUGAUGCACGAGAAACUCAUGGCCGGGCAGUUCUUCGAUCUCAAGACUGAUCGCAAGCCAAUGCUACAUCAUCAUCACCACCAUCAGCAUCAUCAUCAUCAGCUGCAACACAGCCAAUUGCAGCAGUCGCAAGCGCUGCCAAAAAUGGAUUUGUAUGCCGCCUAUGCCUAUCAGCAACAGUUGCUUGGCAGCGCUGCCGCAGCGGCUGCUCUCAGUCAGCAACAGCAACAACAGCAGCCAGCCGUUGAGGUGUUGGACUUGUCGCGUCGCUGCGACAGCGUGGAGACGCCACGCAAGACGCCUUCGCCGUAUCAGACCAACUACAGUUAUGGCAGCGGCUCGCCCGCCGCCUCGCCCACAGCAGGAAUCCCCAGCAAUCUGUUGUACUCUGCCCAAGCAGCAGUUGCCCAACAACAACAGCAGCAGCAGCAGCAACAGCAGCAGCAACAACAACAGCAGCUGGCCACACUCUAUCCUGCCUUGUACUAUGGCGUCAAGCAGGAGCCCAGCCAGUCGUCCACAGCCAAGUCAACAGCCACAGCCACCGCCACCGCAAGUUUGCUGCAAACGUUUGCUGCCGCUUCGGCUGCAGCAGCAGCAGCGGCUGCUGCCUCGGCGGGUGCGUUGCCAUUGUCGCCACGUCCCGCCAGCAAUGCGAGCACCAUGCAAAUCGAUGUGCUCGAACCGCCGCAAUCGCCUCCAGCGCCAACCAGCACCAACAACAACAGCAACAGCAACACAAGCACACCAACCAGCAGCACAACAGCAACAUCGCUGGCAAACAACAACAACACAGCAACUGUGGCUGCCGAUUGCAAGAGCACACGUCCCUUCAAGGCCUUUCCACGUGAUCCACUGGUGAUUGCGGCCAACUUCGCUGCCACCGAUGUGCUGCUCGAUAAUCCCCGCGUGGAACGCUACACGGAGUAUCGCAAGCGUGUGCUCGAGCAAAUCCGCAGCUCCAAUGGCGGCUCACGCACCGUGACGAACCCCAAGAUGCGACGCACCAACUCUCGCAGCGGCAGCGUCAACGAGGGCAGCUCCUCGAACAACAACAGCGAGAGCGAGGAUCGUGCGGCAGCCGAAGAGUCGAGCGAUUGUGAUUCGCAUGCCGGUGGCAACUAUGAGAAGCUGUCGACAAACUCUGGCAACUCUGGCUCAUCGACAACAACAGCGGCUGCUGCAGCGGGCAACUUGAGCGCCAUCAUUGGCGGCGGACCCGGUCAGGUGAAGGAUGCCGCCUACUAUGAGCGACGCCGCAAGAACAAUGCGGCGGCCAAGAAAUCGCGCGAUCGUCGUCGCAUCAAGGAGGAUGAGAUUGCCAUUCGGGCUGCGUACUUGGAGCGUCAGAACAUUGAGUUGUUGUGCCAGAUCGAUGCGCUCAAGGCGCAACUGGCCGCCUUUACCGCCAAGGUGGCAGUCUAA